UUUGAAAAUUAUAUGCAAUAUUUAAAAAAAAAUUAUUAAUAAUCCAAAUAAAAUAUUGCAGCAACUAUUUCUAAGAAUAGAAGAACGAAGAGAUUUUACGGAUUCUAGCAAAAUUACACAAAUAGAUAAGUUUAUUAUAAAUUGUAAAAAAGAAAAAGAUAGUUUCUUCUAUAGUAAAAAAACGGGAUCCCUAAAAAUUGUCAACCAACAAACCCAAACAGACAGUUUUGGCGUUGUAGUUUUGACAAAGGUUGGGGACAUUUUUAGGGAGCCCGUGGUGUCCUCAUCUGAUUUAGGUAUUUUUGUAGCUCAAAUUAUAGAUGAAGACAUUCAAAUUAUUAAGAGAGAAGAUAUAGACCAUAAGGAUUUUGCUAUUCCAGUAGGGAAUAAAUUUAUUUUAAUUCCUAUGUUACAUAACUUAUUUUAUAAUUUUACUUAGGAAGAAAUGGAAUUUAGUUUUAUAAUUGAUGGAGAGGAGGAGCCGGAUAUCAGUCAGGCAAAUGCUGGAGUAUCGCGCCGUUUCGACGUGUCCCAGCCUUUCCUCGACCGUAUGGCCACCCAACCUGCCGUGGAUAAUGACUCAGCGCAACAACAAAUUUUGGCUGCCCUUGCAAGAAUGGAGACUCGGCAAGAAGAAAUAUUAAAAAGGCUUUCCGCCGUAGAAAACGCCCUUGCCGAGAAGAUGCCCGAGCGUUGUGAAGUUCAAGCGCAGAGUCAACUGCUGCGUGAAUGUAAGGUGCUCUCUGCGAAAACCCACCGCAGUGUAAGCCGAAUCACCGGUGACCUGGUAAGUGAAGAGCAAACUUUACUGCAAAGUUUGCUACCAAUGUCAUCGGAGGGAACACUGCAUAAGGUGGAGGAGCACCUUCAAAACAAGGCACACGCUGACGCUAUGGUGGGCAUCAUCAUGCAGCUAAAAACAGCCAGGGGUACAGUGGAGAAAGUGCUGCAGUCGUUAUUCAGCGACGAGUUGGUGUGGCUGUACAACUUCGAUGGGAAGGCUGGGAAAAAGCCACUAAUUAAAUUAAAAACUGUGGAGCUAGUUCUCGCCGCAUUUGCAAGUAUGCACUCUGACAAAAUUUUAGCAAUCAAGCACUAUGUAGUUUUAUGUCAUAAUAGAUAUAAGCAAAAUCGAAGAAGAUGCCAAAAUAGUAAUUAAUUUUUUCUUAUUUUCUCUAUAGAGUGCUUCACAAUUAUACAUCACCCACUUAUUGAGAAGUUGCGACCAAUAAUUUGUAUAUUUUUU